AUGCACAUGGCAUUUAUUGAUGACGUUAUCAGCUGCACCAGCCAAAAAAAGGCGAUUGCUGAUAAUGUCAAUUUUCCUUUUAUCAGUGCUGAUACGAUAUAUGCCGAUUUAUUGGUGCACCUCUGGUAGUUUUCUGUGUACCCAAUUGAUCACAAUCUUUUUUUGUCCAUUACUAAUAUCCAUGUAACAGACCUGGUUCAUACUGUCCAAAGCUGUCCAGAAGAUGUUAAGUUCAUUAAUUUUAUCAACAGAUUUAUCUAACCCUUCUUAGACAGCUUUAAAAAUCUUGCUCAGUAUCCCAUUCUUCUUUGUUAUCUUUCUUAUUUCUUCUUAAACUCAUUUCUACAAUCUAACUUGUGUUACAGUAUAUUUUGUUCAUGGUAUCUUUUGUAAAUAUCGUGUAAGUACUGGAUAGGAGUUCUAAUCAUAUUGUGGUUAGUACAUAAUCCCAGUGUCUAAGACUGAUUUUAAUAUAGUUGACAUAUUAAAGUGUGUGGUAUUUUUCCUCCAAUUUGGCACCAAAUAUGACCCCCCCCCCAUUUGCUAAACUUUAAAGAUAUCAAAAAUCACAAAAUUAUCUUACUAAUGUAUUUCUUCCUCUUCUUCAUGAAUAAUCUAUCACUUCCUUCCUUCCUAUGUUUUAAUAAAUAAACUUUAUGGAAAUGCAGUGAUUUAAGUGUUUUGGUUUUUCUGUACCACUACAAAUGUGUAGUCUGAAUUCUUGGAAUACUCAGAGGUGCACUGGCAGCUUAGAGUCUCUUUGUUUUUCUAAGGUUGUAACAAGCCUCUUGUCUUAUGCUGUAGGUUAAUCACAGAUCUGGAUGGCAAAGUUCAAUUUCAGUUCUCGGUUUCCUUUGAAAUGGAGGGGAGGGGUUGUUGGGUUAGGUUUCAGGUCAUUCCUUUUAUAGUUUAUGGACCACAAAGCAUGGAUCUUGGUCCAAACAUAACCAAGGAACAUAUUUGGCUUCAAGAAUUUGUAUGCAAGCCUGUCUCUCUCCAGUUGUGAAAUGAAUUAACUUCCAUCUUGUUGGAUGAGAGAAAUAUAAAGUCAUCCUUAAUAAAGUUUACACAAGUUAAUGAUUGAAAGAUGUUAAGCAGGUCACCUUUCCUACUUCACCAGAACUGGAUUUCUAACUAGUCACUGGAUUAAGCAACUGAGAUCUGAAAGGAGUACCAAAACAUUCCAGGAGACCAUUGGAGGUAGAAAUGAUCUGAAUCAACACCCUAAAGAAAGCAAGACUACAAUCAAGCUUGAUGGCAGCUGUAUGAUUGGAUGGAUGGAUGUAGCUAGCUUUGAAAGCUGAUCCCUGAAAACUAGAAAUCUUGAUUUUGAGAGAAUCAGUGGACAGAACUAUAUUAGGGUACACUCACAGAUGGAUUUCCCCUUGUUUGUCACAGUUGCGAUAUCCCUCGCCUGUUUAACUAUGCUGACCUCGCUGUCAAUGCCUCAAACCUCCUUGCUAAACUGAUAGUGAGAUAACUGUGACCACAACAAGAAGUGAGCUUUUUCUCAGGACUUGCCUUAAAGUCAGUUUCUCACAGAGACAUGGAAACUGUGAAUGGCCAUGUUCCUGAGCAGGGUUAUCAGGUUAUUGAAUUACAAGAAGCAAGAGAAGAACUGAAUGAAGAGGAAGAUGAGGCAAAAAGUAAGGACCCGCUUAAACCUGAAGAAUCUACAAAAAGUAAGGAAAGAAUCUGGAGACCGUGUAGCAAAGUAGUUUUCUGGAAAUGUAAGCUGUGGAUGCUUAUACUGGCAGUUUUUCUAGUGAUCCUCCUAUUGAUUACCCUCAGCUUAAUUCUUUAUUCAGAGGUUUACAUAGAUGAAGAUGAAUAUUGGGACCCUGACUUGGUGUCUAGUGGAAAUCACCAUAAUUUUUCAGGAACAUUAAAAGUACAGUGUUCUGCUGGGACUGCUUACUCAGAAGAUCUUACAAAGAAGUUAACAGAUAUCUACAAGUCCUCUCCAGCCCUGGGGCGCUAUUUUGUCUCUGCUCAUGUAGUUUCCUUCAGUGAUGAAAACGCCACUGCAUCCUAUCAGUUGCUAUUCUCCUUACCGCCAGUGACUGAGGAGUUCAUGAAGUACACAAUGAGUAAAGAUUUUGUGAUGAAUGUCUUGCGUCAAAAUAUUCUUGACGAGGAAGAUAGUUAUGAUAAGGGAGCAUUUGACUGUACAAAGAUAAGGCUUGAUCCAGAUUCUCUCACGCUAACUUAGAAUCCAUGGAGCAGCCCCUAGCCUCCUGCAGCUGUUUGAGGGAUGAGCUUGCCAUAUCUAUUAAUGUCCUGAUGGAUAUUUUGUUGUGCUGACACAUUGCUGAAAAAGUUGUGAUGUGAAAUACUAUACAUGAUGUCGGACUGUGUGUAGGAAAUGUAGCAUAUUUACGGCAAUUUCUUACUCCUGGGGUAUGGCAGUUUCCUUUUUUUAUUACUGUCCUGAUGUUCACUUCACACACCUCUCAAUCCAUUUGAAGCUCGUUGCAAUAAAUCUUGCACUGUGCCUGACACCUGACCACAUUUAUCCACUUUAGAAGUCCCUUUGCUGGUCCCAAUUCCUUGUUCUUGCCUUCAUAAUCUCACUGCUUUCUAAAGCUCAGACCUUAACUGAUUUUGUUGAUAGUCACAUUAUCUUCUGGGCUCAUCCCAGAAGAUUGCUUUCUAUGAAGCUUUUCCCAUUGUGUCUAAUUCCCAACCUCACCUCCAUCUCUUCUCUCUUGUUGACUAUCACCCCCUUUCUCCCCCCUGUUUCCCCCCCCUGUAUUUUACCCGUAACUCUGAAAUAGAUCUCAAAACCCAUUUCUGGCAAGUUUAGAAAAAGUAGAUUAAAUUAUUAUUUUAUUUUUUUAAAGGACUUUAUGUGUGUGUAUUAGCCUCUCAGGAACUCAGAAUCCUCUUGUCUUCCUCAUUUUUCCUUCUUGUGUUCACUUUGCAGGAGUUGUCUUCUCUUUUUUUCUUGCCUUGAGAAUUUAAGAUCGAGGUUGGGGGUGGAGGGGAGACUUGAGUCCUUUGUUGUUCAGUGUUAUGAAGUACCUUGGACGUUCCUGGGGUUCAGAAAUUGUCCUGUGUUGUAAUCUUGCAGAUACUUUGCUGCAAGAACGUUCCCUGUAUACCAAAGCAUUAAGCACUAGGUCUUCAUGAAGGCAAGACAGUGGGUCAAAUAAGCCAGUAGACGAUCAAGAAACUUUUGUUUUGAAGUGUGUAAUAUAGCUAUGUGUUACAAAAUGAGUAACAAUUUGCUACAACACUACACAUGAGCAAGGGAUCACAUUUGAAGGGAGACUUCCUUACAAGUGUCAUGACUUUGUGGACAGAACACACAUUUAAUGUUGUAUAAAUGAAGUAUAAUUCUAGCAGGAACAUUUCUGUGUAUAUUUUUGUAAAGUUAAAAUGUGAAUUUUUUUUUUUUAUAAACAUAUUAUUUUAGAAAGCUUUUUAUGUUAUGGUGAAAGAUGAGCUUUUGGAAAAUAACUUCUAAAGUUU